GUAUUGUAGGUAAAAUGGCUUCAGCUAAACAUGUGCUUAGCUUUUCGAAAUUAAUAGACUCUGUUACGAAUUUAACCGGCAAAUCGGAAAAUUUUUUAAGACCUCAGAAUUCGGCUGCCUUAACUUUCAUUAAAAAUACAAAGAUUCUAUAUGAUUGGAAUUACAAAAUUGCUCUGCCCAGUGGGCAGUGUGUUGAUAAACUUUAUAUAGACGAUUUUACUGAUGAACAAAUUUGGCAACAAAUUGAGCUGUAUAAUGAAUUAUAUCUUAAGAAACAUGAAAAUUUAUCAUUAGAAGAAAGCAUAGAAGACUGUAGUGUUAACGGUGAACUAGAAGAGAGUGAAGAUGAAGAUAAAGAAGGGGAUGAGGAAAUGGAAACUGAGACCUCUCCUAUUUCGAAAAAACAAGAUGAAGGGGAAGAUGAACUUUCCUCAGAAGUAGAAGAGGAAAAAGAUGACGAUAUGCGUGAAAAUGAAGACGAACUAAAACUUCCUGAAAACGAAGAGGAUUUAGAGGGCGAUUCAGAUUUAGAAGAAAGCGAUGAAGAAGAAAAGUUAAAAGAUAUUCUAGUCUCUGCAAGUGACGAGGACGACGAUGACGCUGAAUUACGAGAAUUAGACAAUGAAGGCAAUGAAGAUGAAGAGAUGGAGGACUUAGAUAGUGAUGAUAUAAAUGAAGAAAAGAGAGGAAAAGAUCUUUUAGCAUCCGAUAGUGACGGCGAAGAUGCUUCUGAUAUUUUAGGAAAGCAAGUUAAAAAAUCUUCUUUCGAAAAAAGAAAUGAAAAAAUGAAAGGAAUGAUACAAAAUCUCGAAGAAACUAAUUUAGCAGAAAAACCUUGGCAAUUAAAGGGUGAAGUAGCAGCGAAAGCUCGACCUGAAAAUUCAUUGCUACAAGAGCAUUUAGACUUUGAUGUUUCUGCUAAACCUUCUGGAGAGAUGACAGAAGAAGACAACCUAUCAAUUGAAACUCUAAUUAAACAAAGAAUUAAAGAUAAAUUUUUCGAUGAUGUCGAAAGAAAAGUAAAGAAAAUUGAAAAUAUAGAUGACUAUAAAAAUAAGAUUGUUUUGGACCAAGGGAAGAGCACCAAAAGUCUUGCUGAAAUAUAUGCAGAAGAAUACUUGAAACAGACGGGACAGAGCAUUGAGGAGGAUGAAAGAGAAGACCCUGUCCGCAAGGAAAUCAAAGAUGAUAUGCAAUCGUUGUUUGGCAAGUUAGAUGCUCUUUCAGAUUCAAGAUUUAUACCAAAACCAGCGGCUCCUGAUAUAAAAAUUAUAACCAAUCAAUCAACCAUUCAUGCUGAAGAAGUUGCUCCAGUAACCAAGACCGAUGUUAGUCAGAUGGCACCAGAAGAAAUAUCAAUGAAAAGAAAAGGAGACAUAAAAUCAUCAUUGGAAAAAACAACAACAGACAGGAAACGAGAUAGACGUUUAAAGAAGAAAGUUCAACAUCUUAAAAAAGUACGAAAAGAAAAACUAGAAAAGAAUAAAAAAGUCACGAAAAAGAGUGCCUUAGCAGAACUCACAAAACAAGCUGCUGGCAAUAAAAAUAUAAAUGUUAUCAAAGAGAAUAGUGAUAAAAGAUUAAGCUCUUCUAAUUUCUUCCAUCAACUUCACAAUACAAUUCAACCUAAAAGUCUGAAGGACAAGCAUAUUUAA